AUGGAGAACGAUCAUGAAGGCGCACAGCCUAAUCAACCUUCUAGUCCUACAUCGCAACAAAACCGUCGGCGAAGGGAAGAACCGGAUUCAAACCAGUCAAAUCAACGUCGUCGGAUAGAUGAUACAUCUGCAACAGACGACGACAACAACAGUUCUAGGUCCAGUCGACAGCAUGGGAAUCUUCCGAGGUCAAUCCUGCAAUUUAUUUUCCAGGCACUUAAUAAUAGGCAACCUUCUAGUCCUACAUCACAACAACUUCGUCGGCAAAGGGAAGAACAUGAUUCAAACCAGUCAGAUCAACGUCGUCGGAUAGAUGAUACAUCUGCAACAGACGACAACAACAACAGUUCCAGGUCAAGUUCUAGUAGACAGGGUGAGAAUCUUGCGAGAAUCCUGCCAUUACUUCUCCAGACCCUUCUUAAUACGCAUCCGGAUCCGGAGGAGGAUGCGUUACACGACAAUGUUAAUGAUGGUGAUGAGACGGUGGAAGAACAUAGUUUAGUUUCUGACGAAGGAUUGAAUUCCAAUAUCCAAGACGAUCAAAAUCAACAAGAACCGGGUUCAAACCAGUCAAAUCAACGUCGUCGGAUUGAUGAUACAUAUGCAACAGACGACGACAACAACAGUUCUAAUCGACAUGAUGUGAAUCUUGCGAGGUCAUUCCUGCAAUUAUUUCUCCCGGCCCUUUUUAAUAGGCAGCUGGAGGAGGAGGCAUUACACGACAGUGUUAAUGAUGGUGAUGAGACGGUGGAAGAAGAUAGUUUAGUUUCUGAUGAAGGACUGAAUUCCAAUAUCGAAGACCAUCAAAAUCAACAAGGGGCUUCCAUAAUACUUGUGUUGCGUAGAGGCGUGGUAAUAGCUGCGGCAGUGGAAGAAAGGAUUGGCAUGGUACAAAGAGGGUUAUCAAAAGAAACUAUCUCGAGUCAUCUGAAAACAAGAGUUCACACAACAUCUACAGACUCGAUGGAGGAGGAGACUGAAAUUUGCACCAUAUGUCUGGAUGGAUAUGAGAACAAGGGUAAGAUUGCCACUCUUGAUUGCAAACAUGAAUACCACGAAGACUGCAUAACCCAAUGGUUGGUACGGAAGAACGUUUGCCCUAUUUGCAAAAGACAAGGUCUAGCCAUGGGAGAAAGCAAAAAAGAAGAAGAAGUGAACGAAUGCUAG